AGUUGAGUGAUAUUUUUGAAAAGAAGUUCGAUAUGAGUUCGUUUAGGUUAGAAGAAAGAUCGUGUUUUUCUUCUCGAAGUUUGAAUUAUGGCAUCGAACGCGGCAUCAACUCUGUAGAUCUAUAUCCGCUAUAAGUUUUCCAUCCUCAAGUUUAAGUUGCAGUUCCAUUUUUCAUUGAUACUUCCAGCGUUAUUUUGAACAAUCGAAGAAUCACUCCAAUACAAUAGAAUUUCAAGAUGAAAUUCGCCGAACAUCUUUCCGCCCAUAUCACUCCAGAAUGGCGAAAACAGUACAUUAAUUAUGAAGAGAUGAAAGCGAUGCUGUACAAUGCCGUUUCUGAGGCAGAUAUGGAAGAUUUAGACGAAGAAGAAAGACGAAAAAAAUUUGCUCAGUUUGACGAUUAUUUUUUUCGUUACUGUGACGCGGAAUUGAAAAAAAUUAACAUAUUUUUUUCCGAAAAGUUGGCCGAAGCAAUUAGGAAAUUUUCCACGUUGAAAAAUGAACUGGUUACACCAACCGGGCCACCUGGAAAGAAAUCCGAAUCCAAAAGAGAUGUUGCUGCGUACCCAUAUUCGGAGCGACUACCAAUUCCAUCGCGAAAGCUACAAGAUUUGAAAUUAGCUUUUGCUGAAUUUUAUCUUAGCUUAGUCCUAUUACAAAAUUACCAAAGUUUAAAUUUCACGGGAUUUAGAAAAAUAUUGAAAAAACAUGACAAGUUACUACAAACGGCAGAUGGUGCUCAGUGGAGAGUACAAUAUGUUGAUAAUUCCACAUUCUACACGAAUAACGAUAUCACUCGAAUUAUAUCGGAAACCGAGCAUUUAUAUACUGUGUAUUUAGAACAUGGCGAUCGUCAAAAAGCUAUGAAACGUUUACGAGUUCCUCCUUUAGGCGAACAAAGAAGUCCUUGGAUAACUUUCAAAGUGGGGCUGUUCUCGGGCAGUUUCAUAGUUUUAAGUGUUACUGUUAUUUUAUCAGCUAUAUUUCACGAAAACCAGGAUCAACAAUUCUGCGAUAUUUUCCGUUUAUAUCGUGCACCUUUAUUGUUAAUGCAAUUCAUGUUUUUGAUCGGCGUCAACGUCUAUGGAUGGAGAUCAUCGGGAGUAAAUCAUGUACUUAUAUUUGAACUAGAUCCUCGCAAUCAUCUUUCCGAACAACAUCUGAUGGAAUUGGCGGCCAUCCUUGGUGUUACAUGGGCUUUGAGUAUAUUAAGUUUUUUAUACAGCAGUUACAUAAGCAUUCCAGCUUACUUGAGUCCGUUGGUUUUAAUCUUUCUGAUCCUCGGAUUCAUUUUCAAUCCGUUUCGUACAUUCCAUUAUGAUGCCAGAGUAUGGUUAGUGAAAUUAAUAGGUAGAAUAAUAGCAGCUCCAUUUUUCCACGUUGGUUUCGCUGAUUUUUGGCUGGCUGAUCAAAUGAAUAGCAUGUCGACCAUAUUCACCGACUUACACUACACAUUUUGCUUCUACCUGACACAUUUUAAAUGGCUUAGCGGAGAAGGCCACGUGUCGAAUCACAACAUUGAUUUUCCAAUAUCCAGAACAAUAGUGAGUUUUGUCCCUGCUUGGGUUCGUUUUGCUCAAUGUCUUAGACGUUACAGAGAUUCCGGUGAAACGUUACAUUUAAUAAACGCCGGUAAAUACGCGUCUUCUAUCGCCGCUGCUAUUUCGUUAUCUGUGAUGAAUGCUCAUAAAAGUUCAUACAGUGGCCCCACUGAAAACCCUUAUGUAUAUUUGUAUUUCGUCUGUGCCAGUUUGAGUUCGGUUUACACGUAUACAUGGGAUAUAAAAAUGGAUUGGGGUUUAUUAACGUACUCGGAGAACGCAGAAAAUAAAUUUUUAAGAGAAGAAAUCGUGUAUUCGUCGCCGACGUGGUACUAUUUGGCAAUAGUGGAAGAUUUCAUCUUAAGAUUUAUCUGGAUUAUAACGUUCAUGUUGAGUGAAACUGGAUUUGUCACUAGUGAAGUGAUCACUUCAAUAACUGCACCUUUAGAAAUAUUUAGGAGAUUCGUAUGGAACUUCUUCCGUUUGGAGAACGAGCAUUUGAAUAACUGCGGUAAAUUUCGUGCAGUACGCGACAUUUGUAUAGCUCCGAUCGCGCCUUCGGAUCCAUUGGAAGUAAUUCGUAUGAUGGAUGAGGAAGAUGGCGUUACGAACCGAAGUCGCAGAAGACCGCUACCUGCGUAUUUGAAAAAAAAUAACAUAAAAGAUGAUAAAAAGCCGAUUAUACAAGAAGAUUUGUCUAAUAUGGAUGUGAAUUUAUGCAUGUGAUUUUUGAGUGAUAGAGGAAAAAAGGCGUUACGUUAUUAGAAUUCGAUCAACAUUCCUGUUUUUGUAAUCGAAAAUUUCCCAUAUAACAGAGUUUCUCGAUGAAAUGAUGAGUUUUUCAUGAAAUUUUGUUACUACGUGUUAUUUGCCGGUCAAGUGAGUCUGUAGGUGAUACUUUAGGCUCAUUUAUGUUUGUAUUUUUUUUCUCUUUUUUCCCCAAUAUCUACGGCACGUAUUUACGACCAAUAUUAAGUCAUCAUGCGUACUUUUCUCUCGACGCUUAGUUAUCGAACUUGUGGAAUUUUCUUAUUGAUGCCGGAAGCAUCUCGGUUCAACGCUAUCGUUCCAAUUUUUAUUUGUAAGGAUUACCUAGAAUGUGAUUUUUUUUUGUUUCGUUUAACCGCAGUUACCUUUCGUUCUCUUUUGUAUUUUAGCGAUGGAUUAUUGAAUUUUUAUUUAUACGUUGCGUUUAAGAUUUUAAAUACUAUUUUAAUUUAUUUAUUGAUGAGCAAUCAACGUCACACUGUGUAAGAUGAAAGAGUUUAUAACGAGGACAAUAAGCAACUCGGAGAAGAAUUUUGAGAAUUCAAUCAAGUUUUCGUUUGUGUGUUAUUGUGAUAAAUUUUGUCGAGUUCCUGACGAUAUAUUUAUUUUUUUGUUUCGAGAAAAAUUUCUCUAGACUGAUUAGAAUUUUUCAACCGAAGAUGAUCAAAAUAACUCGCGUAAACAUAUCUUAAUUCGUAUGCAAAUGCGAGAAUUAUUUUACUAACGAGAAACCAAUCCUUCCGCCAUCGAAUACUCGUGCAUUUUUAGUCAAUUUUUAUGUACUUAUUAUUGUUAAUUUAUUUUUCUUGUGGAUUGUUAAUAAAAGCAAUUCAAAAUCAAAAAAUUUUCGAAAUGUAAUUUCUUGAUGAUAUGUUUUUUACGUUGUAAAAUAAAUUUUAAACUAUCGUGUCGAACAUGGUACAUGCAUGUAUGAGUAUGACCAGUCGAUAAAAGUUGAACUAUUUUCAUCUUCGGCCAAUAUUAUUAAAGUGUAAGUAAUUUUAUGCAAAAAUCGAUGAUUUAUUUUAGUUCAUGUUCGAAUACAGUUUCAAUUUCGUGCAUAUUAUUUAAAAAUUUGUCAAAUGCAGUUGAAACAUGGUUUUCAGAAUGGUCAUACACCUGUUUAAUUAAAAGAAUAUUUCAUAUUUCAUAA